CAAGAACAAUGCAGGAGGCAUGGAAAAAAGGCAGGACAUGGCUUAAGAUAGAUCACCAAGAGCCUGUGAUGAAUUGUACCUGGUGCACAUCUGCUUUUCAAGCAAUGACACACUUUCAUUAAGGGCUGCAAAUCAGCAAACUUGAAUCGGUGAAAAUCCACGAAGCUAGUGAAAUACACAGCCGUGCAGCCAAGAUUAUUGCUAAUCGGCAAGCUCCACCAGGCAAGACAGAAGCAGAGCUCAUGAUACAGAACAUGAACGAGGCCACCAUGUCAAGACUGGAAAAGUUAUUUCAUAAUGCUCAUGCACUGGCUCUGGCUGGGAGGCCAUACACUGAUUUUGUAUGGAUGGCAAAAUUAGAUCAAGCGAAGGGCUUGGAUGUUGGCAGUACUUAUCUAAAUGAUAAGGCCGCUCACCAGUUCAUAGAUGCCAUUGCAUCAGUAGAAAUGGAGCACCUAAAGGAUAAACUUCUGGAGACAAAUUUUGUCUCCAUUCUCUCAGAUGGCACCACUGAUGUAAGCGUGCAGGAGAAUGAAAUUUUUUACAUUCGAAUGUGCAUAAAGGGCACAAUAACAGUGCACUUCCUCAAGUGUGCCAUUGUCCCAAAAGGUGAUGCUCUGACUAUAUUUAGGGCCAUGAAAAGGUCAGUUGAAGCCACUAGUUUGGAAUGGGAAGAUGUAAGAAAGAAGAUUGUUGGCAUGGGCAGUGAUGGCGCUGCAGUGAUGCUCGGUAUCAAUAAUGGUGUGGCCGCACUGCUGCGACAGGAGCAGCCUUGUUCAAUAGCAAUCCACUGCUAUGCUCACAAGCUAGAGUUAGCGUAUAAAGAUGCCAUUAAAGUAGUACCUUUAGACAAGAAAGCCAUCACUUUGCUGCAGGGGCUCUAUUACCUGUAUCACAACAGUGCCCUGAACCGAUCAAAUUUAAAAGCAGCAUUUUCUAGCCUGGGCCAAAAACCUUUUAUGCCAACUCGUGUGGGUGGAACAAGAUGGGUAGCUCACCUCCUCCGGGCACUAAAAAACUUUUUUGCUGGUUAUGAUGCAAUAAAGGUACACUUGGAGCAGGUGGUCCGUCCAAUGACUCCAAUCGAGCGUGUUUCAUGUUCAACAAGUGGCAAAGCAGCAGGCCUCUUGCAGCUCAUGACACAUUUAGAUACAGUGCUUUACCUCCACAACCUGGCAGACGUGUUGACAGUCCUAAGCAGACUGUCACUUGUUUUUCAGGAAAGAAAUGCAUCUGCUGCCGUCAUACAUGGGUCAGUAGCAGAGGCGAAAGCUCUGAUACAGCACUUUGAAGAACAUGAUGGCCCAUAUCUAACCAAGGCCAAGUCGAUUUUUUGUGACGGUGCAGUACAGGUUGUAGGAGCACAGUUCCAUGCUAGCAAACAGCAAUUAAUUAUCAGGCUGACAACAAGUCUUGAUGACAGGUUUGAAAUGCCAGGCAUUAUUGAAGCCAUGAAAGUGGCUAAUUUUAAGGUUUGGCCACUACCCGAAGACCUAGUAGAAAUUCAAGGCUUUGGUGAAGACUGCAUCAAAGUGCUUACCUGCCACUACCAGUCAGUCCUUGAGACGGCUGGGGUAGAUGCUGCUGAGGCAGCAAUAGAAUGGUGCGCUCUAAAAGCUGCGAUUUAUAGCAGCCAGGCAGCUAACAUGAAGUCCCUCACCUGGGAGCGCGUUAAUCGGCUCUAUCCCGAUCAGUACCAACAAAUAUUGGUUUUGAUAGAUUUAAUUUUAUCCCUGCCAGGUGCCAGUGCAGAAUGUGAGCGAGGCUUUCGAAUGGUUAAGGCAGUGAAGACGGACAUAAGGUCAAGUCUUGGGGAAUUAUCACUCUCUAACCUACUAAUGAUUCAACUUCACUCACCUCCCAUCGAAACGUUUGAUCCCUUGCCAGCAAUACAUCUUUGGAAUCAGGGGGGUGUACGAAGGCCUUUGUUUUGGGAAGGGCAAAAAGAGAGCAAGAAAAAAAUGCAGAACAAGGCAGCUGCUACAGCCAGUGCCACUAUGGGCAUGGGCUUGCAGGCACAACACGACCAAGAUCCUGAUGUUCAGCCCAGCACAAGCAGUGGUGCUCAAUUUCAAGAACUUGUAGGCAGUGUGGACAGUGACACUAGCUUGUCUCCUAGUGACAAGGAUUCUGGCGCAGACUCAGAAUUGGACGAAAGAACAGUUGACGAGUUGAUCCUGGAGUACUGCUGUUAGAUGUGUAAAAUGUGUAGAUUUUUCACCUAGCAAUUAAUGCAGCGAUGAAUGCUUUUCCUUAUUUA